GAGCGCCGGGAGGAGCGAGGCCGGAGAAGAAAGGAGACGCGAGGAAAGGCCGGCGGGGAGAGCGAGAGGGGAGGGGGCUUCCCCGGGGGGGAAGGGGCCGGCGGUUCAUGUGGCACAGCUCGCCCUUCGCCUCCCGCUGAGCCCGCAGCACACAGCCCCGCGAGCAGCCCCGAGGAGAGCGGAGGAGGCGGACAGCCCGACGGGACGCAGCCGGAGCCGGAGACCAUGUCCGGGCGGCCCAGGACCACCUCCUUCGCGGAGAGCUGCAAGCCGGUGCAGCAGCCCUCGGCCUUCGGCAGCAUGAAAGUCAGCCGUGACAAAGAUGGCAGCAAGGUGACUACAGUAGUGGCAACUCCUGGACAAGGUCCAGACCGACCACAAGAAGUCAGCUACACGGACACCAAGGUGAUUGGAAAUGGAUCUUUUGGUGUUGUGUAUCAAGCCAAACUCUGCGAUUCAGGAGAGCUUGUGGCCAUUAAGAAAGUCCUGCAGGAUAAAAGAUUUAAGAACCGAGAGCUCCAGAUUAUGAGAAAGCUGGAUCAUUGUAACAUUGUCCGAUUGCGUUAUUUCUUCUACUCCAGUGGAGAGAAGAAAGAUGAAGUGUACCUCAACUUGGUGCUGGACUAUGUUCCUGAAACAGUAUACAGAGUUGCCAGACAUUAUAGUCGGGCCAAACAGACACUCCCUAUGAUUUAUGUCAAGUUGUACAUGUAUCAGCUGUUCCGGAGUUUAGCCUAUAUCCAUUCCUUUGGGAUCUGCCACCGGGAUAUAAAACCACAAAACCUCUUGCUGGACCCUGAUACAGCUGUCCUUAAACUCUGCGACUUCGGAAGUGCAAAACAGCUGGUUCGUGGAGAACCUAACGUUUCAUACAUCUGCUCUCGGUACUACAGGGCACCAGAGUUGAUCUUUGGAGCCACCGAUUAUACCUCCAGUAUAGAUGUGUGGUCAGCGGGCUGUGUAUUGGCUGAGCUGUUACUAGGACAACCAAUCUUCCCAGGUGACAGUGGUGUGGAUCAGUUGGUGGAAAUAAUCAAGGUUCUGGGAACGCCUACAAGGGAGCAAAUUAGAGAAAUGAAUCCAAACUAUACUGAAUUUAAAUUCCCUCAGAUUAAGGCACAUCCAUGGACUAAGGACUCGUCAGGAACAGGACAUUUCACCUCAGGAGUACGGGUCUUCCGGCCCCGCACUCCACCAGAAGCAAUUGCGCUAUGUAGCCGUCUGCUGGAGUAUACCCCCACUGCCCGCCUGACUCCCCUGGAGGCCUGUGCGCACUCUUUCUUCGAUGAACUACGGGACCCAAAUGUCAAGUUACCAAACGGGCGAGAGAAACCUGCACUCUUCAAUUUCACCACUCAAGAACUGUCAAGUAACCCAUCUCUGGCUUCGAUCCUCAUCCCUGCUCAUGCUCGGAACCAAGCAGCUGCUUCAACCCCUACAAACGCUACAGCAGCCUCAGAUGUUAAUGCAGGAGAACGAGUUCAGACCAAUAGUGUAGCUACAGCAUCAGCCUCCAACUCCACCUGAACCGGUACCAAGCAGCCAGCUGCACAGGAAAAUCACCAGUAAUUUGAGUCUUGCUCAGCAACACUGGUCACAUUUGGAAAGAAAAUUAAAAAGAGGAAAAAAAAAAAAAAAAAAGCAAGCAACCAACCAACCUGUUCAUUUUAGUGUUCAAUUUUUUAUUAUUAUUAUUGCUGUUCUUAUUUAACCUUGUAAAAUACCUAUAAAUACGAACCAGUUUCAUUGUAUCUCACUCUGCAGGGUGUCCGGGGCAGGGACUUAGGUGGGGGGGAGGAGGGAACGCGGAGCAAUACAACACACCGGUGUCUCUCCCCUCAACAAUCUCUUCAUGUUGGAAGUUUGCUGUUGUGUACUUCAGAACCAGGACUCUUUGCCUCAUGCCCUCUCCCACAACGGAAAGAAAGGAAAAGCAAAACAAAACAAAACAAAAAACGAACCCCCAAACCUCAUUCUCUGCUGAAGUUCUUUUUUUUUGUUUCUUUGGGGUUUUUUUUUGUUUUUUUUUUUAACCUCUUUUUUUAUUUUCUUUUUAAGUGAAGUUUCGGACUUUGAUGUAGUGCACAGCUUGAAUUUGGUCGGGAGCUUAGCAGGGGUCAUUCAGCAGAGCUCAGCAGUUCGGUGCCAGCGAAUCCACGCCCCGACUGACAGCUGCCCUGGCUGGCAUGGUAGGACAUAGGCUGCCUGGGGGAGGGGGGAGGCUUACGUGUGUCUUAAGGCUUGAGCUGCUAGUGGCAGACUUUCCUUUCACAAAUCAGUGCUAGUGAUGAAGAGACCUGCAGCUUCCUUCCGGGAGGAGCCCCUGGCACAGCUCUAUAUAGUAUAAUACACACACAGGUGGAGGCGAGCGGUUGUGUUGGAGGCUGAGAGGUGCCGCCGCCUGAGCGAUCGGUCCAGUCCCAAUUGGAAUAGGCUUCCCUGUCCUGAGCUGUACAGGAAAAGGACACCGGGAUUUAUAAUGUGAACUGUAACAGUCUUCUACUGGUUUAUUUUGUAAUAUUUUUUAACCGCAGCUUUAACUCGCAGGAUGCCACAUUCUACGGUAGCUCUGAUUUUAAAUCCACGGCUAGAGUCUGUAUUUAAAUCUCAUCUUUUUAACCUCUUUGCUUUUUUGAUCUCUAUUUAUUGAUGCGCGUUGCCACGUUGCCAUUCUGUUUUUACAUGGGUAGAAUAUUAAUAAACUACACAUCAGAGUGCUAUCAAACAGUAAUUGUACCUGCUGACUUGUAGGAAAGCUGGCUACAUAUGAGUGUGUGUGUAUAUAUAUUAUAUAAAUAUAUACAUGUAUACAUAGAGACGACACUGUUUUAUUUUAUUUUCUCUACAAUCUUGCAGCAGUCUGACCGAAGAGUGAGGCGGGUGCUUGUUGUAGCCCAGGCUGCGCGUUUCCCCCCCCAUGAGGACGAGUGGCUCACGGUCCCACCUCUGGCCCAUCCCAGGCAAUAUCCCCGGGAAGACAGGCAGAGGAGCCCCCCUUGCCUUGUGCUCCUUAGGAGCCGCCUCGGUGCUUACCAGCCCUGUCUGACCUGAGGGCUUGAGAUGGGCUGUUGGUUUGGGGCAGCGUUUGGCCCUUUGUGUGGCCUGGGAGCAGCUCCAGCAAACCUGGUGGCUGCGGGGCUCUGCUCACGGCUUUCACUCUGUGUUUCACCCCGUUUGUGUGGGGUUCUUGGGAAGCUCUUCUUUGAGCCCUGCCCUCCCUGUCCUACCCGAUAACCAUGGGUUCGGGGGAGGGAGGAGCAAAUGCCCACCCUGAAACCAUUAAGCCCUUACGUUAUGCCCCACGUCAGUUGACCAUCGGGGGGGGAAAAGCAUUUCUGUGCUUUGCAGUGGCCAUUCCUAAAUUGUGGCUGAUUGUAGAGGAAGGCACGCGGCCUCUUCAGAGCUGAAGGCUUUCUAUAUCCUCCCCGCGUGACGCAGUUCAAAGGGCUGAGAGUGUCCUAAGGACGGAACGCGGCUCACGCAGGUAAGUGCAGGGGCUCAGCAGAGGCUCAGCCAACCAAGUAGUGCAGGAGACCCGCAGAGCAGGGCGCAGUGUGGAUCUGCUGCAGGACAAGAGCGCUGGGCCAUCGCCUGUAGGCGCCGCUGCUCAGAGGCAGAUAUAGAUGAUUGAGAACAAAAAAUGGCUGCUUGUUCCAAGAAAUGUGGCUUUUCUUUUUCUUUCUUUCAUCUCUUUUUUGGUUCUUCUCCUUCCAUUGAAGCCUGGCGGAGCAGAGUGACAAGCGUUGCUCCCGUCCUGUGCCGUGUCUGUGUGCGCUGUGUGGGUGUCAGCCGGGGGUCAGGGCUCCCUGGCCUGAGGAGUUUGGUUUGUUGAUUCAUUUCUUUUUGUCCCAAGGAUCAUGGCAGGAUCAGCGACUCUUUUAUACGGUUAUCACAUCCACGGCUUUGAAUUACCUUCUUUUUUUUCUUUCUUUUUUUGUAAAUAAGAAGAAAAAAACACAAAAAAAAAGAAAACACAAAAAAAUACGCAGGAAAAGUUAAAGGAAAAAUAAAAUAAAGGAAAUCACGAAGCUCCUCACCAAAUUCAAGCUUGUACAUGAUUAUUUUUGGUUGUUUUUAAAUCCUGAGUUUUAUUGUUUUGUAUGUAAAUAUGUGGACCCAGGAACUGUUAUUAAUGAGCAAAAAGUUACCGUUCAGGGCAGUGAUUCUGUUUAAUAAUCAGACAAAAUGUAGACGAGCUUUUUAAAGCCAUAUAGUUUUAACUCUGUACAGUAGGUACCGGCCUGUAUUAUUGUAACAAUAACUCUAGCGAUGUAUAGUGUAUCUAUAUAGUUUGGAGUGCCUUCGCUUCCAUGAUUUGUUGAAUUUUAUUUCCCCUUUUUUUUUGUUGGUUUUUUUACUUUAUUUUAUUUUUCUUUCCCCCCUCCCCCCUCCUGUAUUAACAACAUCCCCCACACAACCACAUCUCCGCUCCCCGCUUUUGAUUCAGAGUGCUGGCAGGUUUGGGUGGUACCUGAUCCCGAGCGGAACGAAAGGAAACCCUCCUGGCCACCCCAUCUCACCCGAGCCAUGGCUGUGCUCUGGAUGUCCCCGGUUCCCCCUGCCCUCCUCCCCUCUAGCAGUGACCGGUUUCAUUCUCCACUCGCUCGCCCUCAGCAGCUCCAUGGCUGGCGGCCGAGCUUGGCUUUGCUCGUCUUCCCCCUCCCCCCGCCAUCAAUGGUGGAUCCUCUGCCAUCAUUGAUGGAUGCCCCCACCAUCGUGGGUGAAGGGCCCUGUGCCGACAUCGGUGAUUUGACCUCACUGUUGUCGCUGGGCCCUGCGGGGGCUCUCAGAGCAGGGGGCUCCUCACCGCAUCCCCUCCCCACAGUCACUUUUGGUUUCUUAAGAUGGCAAGUUGAACAUGACUCUUGAGUUCUUGCACCCAGCACGAAGGCCUUGUUUCUACAAUUUAGUCCGCUUGUGUUGACUACCCGGUUAGUGUUCCACCUGAGGUUGUCUUGAAUGGGAAAGCACUUCACCCUGUACCAAACCAAAGGUUGCUGUUUUGUUUUGGAGCAUCUUGCGUUCAUUCCGGUGAAGCAGAGGCUGCACUUUUUCUGGUGACACAAAAGGUCAGUGACGUCACGUUGCUGUUACCCUCUUCCCUCCACCUGGGGCUCGGUUUUGACAGCGUGUGGUCUCCAUCUGUCCUCUUGGCAACGCGUAGGUCUCUGAGAUGGAGCCAAUGGUGAUCGGGGUCCCCUCUGGGCACCCGAUUCAGACCCUGCUGUUCUUAAUGUUAAUUAACUUACCUACCUUACUAGUGGGAAAAACAAAACCAAAAUGAAUGGCAAAAGAAAAUUGGCUGAUGGCAGAUCCCUGCUCACUUUCUCCGGUUGAUGACAAGCAAAGCUUUGCCUACAGCAGUGGCAGGUUACCUGUGAUGUGCCACUGCUGAGCAAAUCCAACCCCCCAGCUCAUUGGUCCCCUCUCCAUAAAGCAGACGGGCCCCUGCUCCAGGUCUGCCUUUGUGAGUCGGGGAGAGGUGCCUGGGUCCCAGCUCCUUCCCACAGGGCUCUUAGUUUUUGUUCCUAGUUCCGUUCCGUUUUGCCACCCUGCAAUAACAGCAAAACGACCAGAAAGGAAAAAACAGUACCUAAGGGGUUAGCUUGAGAAAAGUAGCUUCCUUGUGUUGGUCUUUCUCAAUUUAUUUUUAAUAUAUAUAUAUAUAUAUAUACGUACAUAUAUAUAUAUAUAUAAAAUAUAUUUAUAUAUAUAUAAUUUGCUUGCCUGUAAAAUUUGCGUUCAUUAAUGUGUUGCUGAUGGAUCACUCGGGCCUGUACACACCGAUCAGUGUGAACCGCUUCCAUCUUAAAAACGAAUCUAAAAUAUAUAUAUAUAUAUAUUAAGGACUGUGGGUUGUAUACGAACUAUUGCAUACACUUGUGCAAAUCUGUCUUGAUUUAAAGGAAAAGCAAAAACCUGUAUAACAUUAUUACUACUUGAAUGCCUCUGUGACUGAUUUUAUUUUUAUUUUUCAUUUGAAAUAUAAACUUUUUGGGUUUUUUUUUUCUGUUUUUUUUCUUUUUAUUUUAUUUUUUUUCUUUUUGUGGAAAGUAAUGCUUAAUGUUUUAUUAUUUCCACCCCCCCCCUCCCCGCCCCGUUCCCCCUUGUAAAUACGUUUUGUUCUGUGUGACUCGGUUCGGAAAUAGUUACCUGGUACUGUAAUUUGCAUUAAAUAAAAAGUAGGUUAGCCUGGAAAUGGAA